GGCGGCGGCGCGAGCUCAGAAGUAGCGACACGGACCGCGGAGGAGGACAGGCGCGCGCUGCCUCUAGAUGACAGACCUAACGUAAACACACCUCUCCUGCCUCUUUAUCAGCGCGACACGGGGAGCCCGGGGAAGAAGAAUGACAGACGAAGGAAUGCUAAUCUCGCCGUCGGCUCUCCAGGACCCCGGAGAUGGAGCGAAACCAGAAGACGUCCCCAUGGAUUGUACGGACGGGGAGGAUGACUUGUGUUUGGAAGAGAUUUUAACACUGUACAGUCAGCCCAUCAACGAGGAGCAAGCCUGGGCCGUGUGCUAUCAGUGCUGCAGGUGGCUAACUCAAAAGCACAGGCGGAAAGACACAGGUGGGAGUCCACCUGGACGGAUCGAGGGUCCUGGGGACGUGAGGAUCCGGAAGGACGGCACUGUGAAAUUAUACCAACAGAGCAGUCCAGAUAAACACAUCCCGCCCAGUUCAUCAAUAGAGAUCAUAGAGUCUCUGGGUAUAAUGAUCUACAAGGCUUUGGAUUACGGUCUGAAGGAGCAUGAGGAGAGAGAGCUCAGCCCUCCUCUGGAGCAGCUCAUCGACCUCAUGACCAACAUGGCACACACAGAAACAGACUGUCCCGAUGAGGGAUAUGAGGCCACAGAGGAAGAGGAUGAGGGAGAGGAAGAACCCACAGAGGUCUCCAACAUCCGUGGAUACCGUGACAUCAUUUCCCUGUGCACAUCUCACCUUCCCAGCCCAUCAGAUGUGCCCAACCACUACCAGGCCGUAUGUCGAGCCCUGUACGCAGAGACCAAGGAGCUACGCACCUUCCUGGAGAAGAUCAAGAGUGCCAAAGAGAAUUUACGGAGGAUGGAAGGAGAAACCGAGGAGCCCGUUAGAGACCUGAAUGAGCUGCAGAACGCUGACUGGGCACGGUUUUGGGUGCAGGUGAUGAGGGACCUGAGACACGGUGUGAAGCUGAAGAAGGUCCAGGAGCGUCAAUAUAACCCUCUACCCAUUGAGUACCAGCUCACGCCUUAUGAGAUGCUCAUGGACGACAUCCGCUCCAAACGCUACAAACUUCGCAAAGUCAUGGUCAAUGGUGACAUUCCUCCGAGGUUAAAGAAGAGCGCUCACGAGAUCAUACUGGAGUUCAUUCGCUCCAGACCCCCGCUGAAUCCUGUUUCUGCUCGUAAGCUCAAGCCUCAUCCUACAAGACCUCCCAGUCUUCAUGAACGUAUCCUGGAAGAGAUCCGGUCGGAGAGAAAGCUCAGGCCCGUUUCACCCGAUAUGAUCCGAAGGAGUCGACUCGUAAUGCGCCCACUUAGCAUGUCUGUCAGUUUUGACUCAUCAGGCGCAGGCAAAAGUAUGAGCACCCCACAGGACUUGUUCCGAAGCUCAGACAUCCCCGAUGGACCCCGAAAGUUGGCGGUCAGCACACUGUCCCUGGCCAACGGCACGUCGCCCGCUCGGAGCCCCGUCAACGGUGUAGCCGGAGGUCAGCCGCUGUCCCAGAGAAAGAGGUUGCUCAAAGCGCCUACGCUGGCCGAGCUGGAUAGCUCUGACUCGGACGAGGAACAAAGCACCCGGAAGUCUGACAGCAGCUCCAGCAUAUCUGCCUCACUGGUUGAAGACACGUCUCCAGAGUCCGUCACGGCCAAAAAAACUCCUCCGCAGUUCCUGCCCAUAUCUUCCACCCCUCAACCUGACAAACGCAUCGCUGCACAAAGGAGGCACUCCAUAGAGAAAGAAGAUCCCACCAACGCUCGGCUUUUCCCACCUCCGUCUCGCCAGAACUCCAAAUCUCUGCUCUAUUCGGACAACAAGGCUCGCGCACUAGGCAGCGGUCGUGUGGAGGAGUUCUGCUACCCCGUCGAGUGCCUGACUUUAACCGUAGAGGAGGUGAUGCAUAUCAGACAGGUUCUUGUUAAAGCAGAGCUGGAGAAGUUCCAGCAGUAUAAAGACGUCUAUAAGCUAAAGAAAGGAAAGCUUUGCUUCUCAUGUCGGACGAAGAAGUUCUCUCUCUUCACCUGGUCCUACACCUGCCAGUUUUGUAAAAGGCCUGUUUGUUCACAGUGCUGUAAGAAGAUGAAGUUACCAUCCAAGCCCCAUGCCAGCUUGCCCAUCUCCUCUCUGGGCCCCAGCAUCCUGCCCAAAAAGGAGUCUUCAGUGUCAGCCGCAACAGAGAAGCCCUCCUCCACAUCCAGCCACAAGCGCCACAGCCUUCAGCGCACAAUGUCCAGAUCAUCAAAGCACGCCGAGCGCUCGUCCUCCAAAGACGAGCUGGAGCUGCCGGAGCAGUUCACCGAGGACUGGAGCAGCAUGGAGGUCUGCGUGGACUGCAAGAAGUUCAUCAAUGACAUCAUCAGCAACAGCAGGCGCAACCUGACCACCAAACGUGCCCGUCUGCACCGCCGGACCCACUCCGUCUACAUGUCCAACACCAGUUCUUCCAACUACAAACCCUCCGAACGGACUAUCAAAGAGGUGUAGGAUCCGAAGACUGUCCUUCUGUUAAGAACGCUCACCUGUCACGAAGGUGCCGGUCGAAAAUACGCUUAUGUCACAUACCGUACGAAAAAUGAGCCCAAUUUUGUUAGCUUUGUAACGUUCCUUCAAUACCUCUUCUUUUCCAAUUAUAAAAAGUGCCAGAGGUCCAGAGGUCCCUCUUCCAGCAUGAGUCCUUAAGCACCAGCCUUCUCAGGAAAAAGGUUUCUUCUGUGAUUUAAAGCUUUGGAAUGUAGUUACGCUUUAAAUUUACUUUGACCAGCGUUUUUCAAAUGAAUCCAAGUCGACACGGAAUGAAACGACGGCGUGAAAAAGAUAUCGCAAGGCUGCUUCGAUCACUCAAAGGCACAAGGCCUGAAUGUACAUUUUUCAAUGGAGCUCAAUUGUAUGUAAAUAGCUGCUGAAUGCUCAGCCUAAAUGUGUAUAGGCAUCCUUAUUCUCCCCUUUUAGGAAGUACUAGUCGAUUGCUGGAAGACCAAGAGACUGUAGAUUCGUUCAACCUCCGCAAACAAUUCAAGAUCGAGUCUUACCAAAUGUUUUUUCUUAUUGUUUUGUUAAAAUUGCUGCUGUGAUCGUGACAUGGUCCAAACAAAUGCCGUUUUAGAUGAUUACGGAAAGUACUUACAGAUAAAUAUAUUUUUCCUGUCUGAUGGCAGUGUUUUUGAGAUUUUAGUCAAAGAUGAGGGUGUUUUUUAAGAGCGGAAGCUGAAAGCUGUAGUGUUUCUUAAAGGAGUGAUCGGCUGUGCCAAACAAAUCUCCGCUAUCUGAGCAAUAUGCGUCUUGGACCUGAUGUACAUAGUCAAUAACAUUUACCGGAGAUGGUGACGGCCCAAAGGGGGAAGCCAGUUCUCUCUUUUAUAUAGGAAGUGACUUUUGUAGGAUACGUUCAUGUACAUGCUGUAUAUCCGAAUCUCAGUUGAUCCUCUUAUCUAUUAAAAUAGGCUCUAUUGUUAUAAAGUUAUGAUUUAUAUUAUUAAUAAUUAUUUUAUUUUUCAGUGUCAAAUGUUGCUUUCUUUUCAUGUUCGUAUUUUUCAGCUGCACAUUUAUUUUGACGUCUUAAAGCGUUGUAAAUUAAUUUAUGAUAUAUUGUUAAUAACCCCAGGAGACUUUAAAUAUGAAGGUACUGAAGUCAUAUCAGGGUUUUUGGAAGGAUUGCUUCUGUUUGUCCAUAAAUUAAAAGAAAAUACACACGCAUACACUUAUAAAUAGACAUGCACUGCAAUGGUAUACAGGCCUGUUCUUUUGUCUUGUGCAAAACUGACUGUACUGCCUUCCUCUGAAGAAUGAUUGGUGUGCAUGAUUUUUUUUAAAAUAAGAACCAAAUUGCCAAUAAAUAAAUAAAGCAUCAAAUUUAAGUAUUUCAAA